AUCCGACACCUGCCUGCUGCCCACCACCAGCCUACCACCUGCCACCAUGCGCUGUCUCAUCAGCCUGGCCCUCGGCCUGCUCGCCCUGGAGGCGGCCCUCGCUCUGGCCCCCAAAUUCAUCGCUCCAGUGCAGGUCAUGUGCCCCGAGCCCAGCUCUUCCGAGGAGACGCUCUGCCUCAGUGACAACGACUGUCUCGGCAGCACCGUGUGCUGUCCCAGCGCCGCCGGCGGCUCCUGCAGAACCCCCAUCAUCGUCCCUACCCCCAAGGCUGGCCGCUGCCCCUGGGUGCAGGCGCCAAUGCUGUCCCAGUUGUGUGAGGAGCUGAGCGACUGUGCCAACGACAUCGAGUGCAGGGGCGACAAGAAGUGCUGCUUCAGCCGCUGCGCCAUGCGCUAUCUGGAACCCAUCCUAGAGAGCACUCCCCAGUGAGCCGCCUACCCAGGAGUCCCUGGCUGCCAGGAGAGUUGGGCCUGAGUCCCCCUCUUGGACCCAGAGAGCUUGUGACGCGUCCUCCCUGCUGCUAAUAAAACUACUCAGCUUCA